CAUACGUCACUUGCGGUAGCUCAGUAGCUCUUAUAAAGAUGGAAGGCAUUUGCCUUUAGCGGUCUAUAAUAUGAGUUGUAUGUAGACUCGCUUUCCAUAAUGGAGUGCGAUAUCCUGGACAUCCUGGAACAGCUCGGGUAUAAUGGUCCUUUGCUGAACGAAGAAGCCCUUGUAAAAGCAUCAGAGGACGGUUUGCCUUCAUCCGAAUAUGUAAAUCUGUGCCUAUGGUUAACGUCCCGACUGAAACGUCUGUGCGGUUUAGAAGAAAAUCUAUCUGCCGAUCCAGGUGACAUUGAUGGGCUUCAAUUUGAGAUCAGCGGUUUGCUGAAAGAGCUGUCCUGCCCUUAUCCAACUCUAGUUUCGGGGGAUGUGCAAGGAAGACUGAAAAAUAAGGAUGACUGUUUAAAACUGAUCUUAUUUUUAGGUUCAGAGCUCCAGGCUGCACAGGUCAUGAAGACCAAGUCUGUCCAAGAGAGCAACGGUGUGGAGCAGAGUGCUGCCUCUGCAGAACUCAAGCUCAUCUGCAGGGCACUCAGUCUGUCAGAGUCCGAAUGUCUGGAUCCAGCCCAGUUACUUUCCACCAUCGAAACCAAGAUAAAUAAUGUUCUUGGAAAAGUUCCAAAGGAGCACAUAGGCAAGCCAGUGUUGAAGUCCUCCAUCAGUGACAAACAGUGGGCAGAGCUGGAGAAGAUGGACACGCUUCUGUCUGCCGACUACGAGUGUCGAAGAAGGAUGUUGAUCAAGCGUCUGGACGUCACCGUUCAGUCUUUCAGCUGGUCAGAAAGGGCAAAGAAUCAAACCGACAGCAUGGCUAAAGCAUAUCAGCCGAUAAGACACUCGUUGAAGAUGAAGUCACCAAUAAGUCUGGCACAUCUGCUUGCUGCCAGAGAGGACAUCUGCAACGUUGUGAAAACAAGCAGUGGCUCCAGUCGGGAGAAGACCACCUGUGCUAUUAACAAGAUCCUGAUGGGCAGGGUCCCUGAUCGAGGUGGGCGGCCGUCGGAAAUCGACGCCCCUCCCCCCGAGAUGCCCCCGUGGCAGAAGAGACAGGAUGGGGGAGGGAGAGGCGGAGGGUGGGGCGGUCGAGGAGGCGGGGGGUCUGGGUGGGGGGGCCGAGGAGGCGGGGGUGGUGGCUGGGGGGGUCGAGAGGGGGGAGGGAAAGGUGGGUGGGGCCAGAAGGGAGGGGGGAAAGGCGGGUGGGGUAAUCAUGGAGGGGGAGGAGGUGGAUAUUAUAAGGGGAAAGGAGGGAAUUAUUAUUGAAGCAGUGUUUUUUUUCUUUUUAUACAUGUAUACACCGACGAGCCAACACAUUAUGACCACCUGCCUAAUAUGCUCUUGGUCCUCCGUGUGCCACAAAAACAGCUCUGACCAGGCGAGGCAUGGACUCUAUAAGAGCUCUGAAGGUGCCCUGUGGUAUCUGCACUCCUAGAAGUUGUGAGGUGGAGCCACCAUGAAUUUGGACUUGUUAUUCUAGCACAUCCAACUGAUGCUCGAUCUGAUUGGGAUCUGGGGAAUUUGGAGGCCAGGGCAACAACCUUGAACUUUACGUUCCUCAAACCAUUCCCGAACAACUUGUGCAGAGUGGGGGUGUACUUGAUCCAUGAAGGGGUGUACUUGGUCCGCAACGAUGUUUGGCUAGGUGGUACGUGUCAAAUUGACAUCCACAUGAAUGCCCAGACCCAGGGUUUCCCAGCAUAACAUUGCCCAGAGCAUCGCACUCUCUCCACCGGCUCGUCUUCUUCCCUGGUGCCAUCUCUUCCCCAGGUAAACGGAGAACACGCCCCCAGCUGUUCUCAUGAUGUACUCAUCGGACCAGCCAACCGCCUUCCACUGUCCAAGGUCCAGUUCCCACGCUCACGUGCCCAUUGUAGGCGCUUUUGAGGUGGACAGUCACUCUAACUGGUCUGCGGCUACGCAGUCCCAUACGCAGCUGAGUGCGAUGCACUGUGUGUUGACAUUCCUCCCAUAACCAUCGUUUAAAUUUCUGGUGACGUGUGCUACAGCAGACCAGACAGGAUUGCUUUUGUUGUCCUCCCACGCCCAACACCCUGUCGCCGGUCUGUGGUUUGUCCCUCUUCAGACCACUGUCAGGAGGUACUGACCACUGCUUCCUAGAAGCCUUGCUGUUUUGGAGAUGCUCUGACGCAGUCGUCUGACCAUAAUAAUUUAGCCCCCAUCAAAGUCACUCAGGUCUUUACGCCUGGCCAUUAUGUUAUGGGAUAAUCUACGUUAUUCGCUUCAUCUGUGAGUGGUCAUAAUGCUUUGGCUCAUCGGUAUAUAUCGACUGAAAUACGAAAAGUAGUUUAACAUUUCUGUAGAGUUGAGAUUUAUUUAAACUUGAGUUUUUAGAUGAAUUUUGUGUUGUACUGAAUGAUUUAGGACAACUCUGACAGAAAUAUCCUUAGAUUUUAUAUUAUGUAGAGGACGGCAUGCUCAUUUCGUCCAGUUUUGAAAGUACACUUGACAGGACUUCUGGAAUUCUGUUAUUUUUAAUUUUAUUUUUAUUUUAAGUAUUGCUCAGUUUUUAGAAUUAUUAGUUGUCCGGUCUCAAAUAAAAACAGGUACUUAAAUAGCUGAAGUAUUAAUUUUUUUUGGGUAGGUAACAUUGGGAUGGGAGUACUGUAAUACUUUUGACUUCAGCUGUAUUGAUCUCAAUGUAUUCCUUGUCCAUGUGACCUUUCAUAAUCCCCUACAUGACUGUCUACAUUGUAGAGAUGAGGAUUUUAAUUUCCCCUUCAUGGUAAUCGGCCAAUAAUAAUUAAUUUGUUGGGGUUUUCACUGGAAUGUGAGGGCUAUUCCAUGCUUCUCCAGUAGAGGGCACACAAUGAAGGCAAAAUACCUUCAUUGCAUUCGAACCAUGCGUUUUCCAAGAAGUCCAAUUGCAUAAAUGAAAACAAAAGCCCAUGGAGUUUUCAAUAUUUAUUCAAAGCAGAAAAAGAUUCCUCUAAACAGUUCUUUACAAUGGAAUACAUUUUUGCUUAUUAGAUACAAUUUGUACAUAGCUUUACAAAUAUGUUCAUUAAGCUUUAAAGCUGGAGAGAUUUUACAAAUUGUACAGCAUAAGAUUAGAACACUAUAAGAGUGGAUGAACAGCAAAUGUGCAGGCAUCUGCCUCUCUCCCCCCCACCGCCCUCAUAAACCACCUGUAUAAGACUGGGAAGCAAUAUAACCCGCAUCUGCACAGCCAAUUAAAGUCAAAAGCAGCUUUACAA